CCACGUGAAGAAACUCCAGCCACCAACCCCUUCCGAAUCUACUGAUGUAAUAAUUGUUUCAAUGAAUUUAAUAAUUCACUAAUCGAUCCUGUCAUCAGUUGGGAUAUUGUGUAAUUAAAUACUGGAUAUGCUCGAUUUAAUGAGUCCAUAAUUAUUAGCAUAUUAAGCCGGUUGUUAUCAGGGGAUAUAAGGAACUUCUACAUGAUUGUUUUUCAUUUUUAUCAUAAACUGUAGAGUCUUGAAACUUGAAAGGCCCUUCUGGGAAUUCUUGUUUUUUCAUGUGAUGAAAAUGGCUGCGAUUCUGAGCCUUGAACAACUCUCUUUGGGAGCUGCAGUUGCAGUAGUUGCUGUUGGAGUGUUAACUCUGUGGUUCAUCAGCAGAUACGUGAAUCGUCUUAAGAAGACAUCCUCCGGCCUCCCUCCCCCUCCUGUGAUACCAGGGCUACCGUUGAUUGGAAAUCUGUUGCAAUUGAAGGAGAAGAAACCUUACAAGACUUUCACCAAAUGGGCUGAGAUAUACGGUCCUAUCUAUUCUAUUAGGACUGGCUCCAAAACACUUGUUGUUCUCAACUCUAACGAUGUCGCCAAGGAGGCUAUGGUGACAAGAUUCUCGUCGAUCUCAACAAGAAAGCUAUCAAAUGCAAUAAAGAUCCUUACUUGUGAUAAAAGCAUAGUUGCCCUGACUGAUUAUGGUGAAUUUCAUAGGACAGUUAAAAGGCAUAUUCUCAAUAGUACUUUGGGACCGAAUGCUCAGAAACGGCAUCGUGUUCACAGGAAUACCAUGAUCAACAACAUUUCAAAACAACUGCAAGCUUAUCAGAAAGAGAAUCCAUUUGGAGCUGUAAAUCUCAGGAACAUACUCCAGCCUGAGCUUUUCAGAUUGGCACUGAAACAGGUUCUUGGAAAUGAUGUGGAGUCUGUAUAUGUCGAGGAACUUGGGAUUACUUUGUCAAAGGAAGAGAUGUUUGAAAUUCUGGUGAUCGACCCCAUGAAAGGUGCCAUCGACGUGGACUGGAGGGACUUCUUUCCAUAUUUGAAAUGGAUUCCUAACAAAAGCUUUGAGAACAAUAUUCAGCGAAUGUAUUUUCGUAGGCAAGCUGUGAUGACUGCACUCAUUAACGAACAAAAAGAACGGAUUUCUCGUGGGGAGGAAGUGGGUUGUUACCUGGACUACUUGUUAUCAGAAGCCAAAACAUUGUCUGAGCAACAAGUGCUAAUGCUGCUAUGGGAAGCCAUAAUCGAAUCAUCAGACACAACUUUGGUGACAACAGAAUGGGCCAUGUAUGAACUUGCUAAAGAUCACAAACGACAGGAUCGUCUCUAUCAUGAAAUUCUUCGUGUUUGUGGAGAUGACAAAAUUACAGAGGAGAAGUUGAAUGAAGUUCCCUACUUAUCAGCCGUUUUCCAUGAAACUCUGAGAAAGCAUAGUCCUGCUCCUAUAGUUCCUCCACGAUACGUUCAAGAAGAUACGCAAUUAGGAGGGUAUCAUAUUCCAGCAGGAACCGAGAUUGCUAUAAAUAUUUUCGGAUGUAACAUGGACAAGAAUGUGUGGGACAGUCCUGAGAGCUGGAAGCCCGAGAGGUUUCUUGAUGAAAAAUGUGAUGCAAUGGACCUACACAAGACCAUGGCUUUUGGAGGUGGGAAGAGGCUGUGUGCAGGUGCUCUCCAAGCAAUGCUGAUAUCUUGCACGACGAUUGGGAGACUGGUGCAAGAGUUUGAGUGGAGUCUGAAGGAUGGAGAAGAAGAAAACAUCGAUACGCUCGGCCUCACUACUCAUAAACUCCAUCCUAUGCAAGCAAUUCUGAAGCCAAGAAAUUUAGUAUAGUUGGUCAUGAAUGAGUCAUGUCUGAUGUUCAAGUGUGGUCCAUUUUAAGGUUUCAUGACUGGUUAGGAAAUUGAACCUUUUGUUAGAACCUCAGCAACAGUAUGUUUGUCUUGCAUGCAUAUGUCCAAGUAUUUUGUCACUGUGGACAUAGAAAGUUGAUGUUUUAUGCACUAGAUGUUUGUACUUUUCAGACAGUGAAGCAGAGAAACAAGCUUGAAUGA